AAUUAGCGUCCCAUUGUUGAACGGCAGCUUCAUUCCCCCAGGUGAGGUAGGAAAAAAACCGGAAACUCUAGAAAAGUUGCGUUCCUAUCUAUAAUAACUAGACCACGUUUCACCUCCUUGUACAUGUGCUCCAACCCUGUCUAAAUUAGAUAAUUAUCUACUUCUUCCUAGUUUUAUGUAAACCCUAGGUCUAAGAAUGUCCGUCAUUAGAGAGACCCAUAACGCAAGAAACCGUUUUUGUCUGUAAUUGUUCACUCUGGAGUUGUUGUUAUCUGAAAGUCAACCACUGUAAUAUGAUUCUUCGAGUAUAUCAUUGAUUCUUGCGGAAUUGGACUUCAUUAUUCUUCCGCGAAUGCCAUAGAGGGCAGAAGAAACAAUUGUUCUGGGUUGAAUUGUAUAGGGUUUCUCUUUUUCCCGAGUAUGCACAGAUCUGGAGCUACGAUGGCUUGGAACGUCUUCAAGUUCUGCACGGCCCUGCGGGGGCUUGGUUCGAUCAUGAUACUCCUGGUUCUUGGUGUCGUGGGUGUUACUUAUUAUGCUGUUGUGUUAACUGUCUAUGGUCCUGGUUUGAACGGUGGGCUUCUUGAUCGUGUCAUUGCCACUGGGGUGCUGAUCUUGUUUCAUUAUUUGCUAGCUAUGCUACUCUGGAGUUACUUUGCCGUUGUUUUCACGGAUCCUGGGAGUGUGCCACCUAAUUGGAGGCCUGCAAUUGAUGAGGAGAGAGGAGAGACUGACCCCUUAAUGCCGGAAUUUAGUCAUGGACAGUCUGAUCCUUCAAAUCAACAAAUUCGGUAUUGUCGGAAGUGCAAUCAGCUCAAACCACCUCGAUGUCAUCAUUGUUCUGUCUGUGGACGUUGUGUGCUGAAAAUGGACCAUCAUUGUGUUUGGGUAGUCAACUGUGUUGGGGCUCGAAAUUACAAGUAUUUCCUUCUUUCUUGGUAUGGGCAAUUUUCGUUGUUCUACACUUUUUGGGAGACAACUCUCGUUACUUUGUCGUUACUGCCUGAGUUCAUAUCAUUCUUUAGUGAUGGAGAAAUAAUGGGAUCACCUGGCUCCCUUGCAACAACUUUUCUUGCUUUUGUUUUGAAUCUAGCCUUUGCUUUGAGUGUAUUGGGAUUUCUGAUCAUGCACAUAAACUUGGUGUCCGGUAAUACAACUACUAUUGAGGCAUAUGAGAAGAAAACUACUCCAAAAUGGCGUUAUGACCUUGGUCGUAGGAAGAAUUUUGAACAGGUGUUUGGGUCGGACAAGAGAUACUGGUUAAUCCCUGCUUAUUCAGAAGAAGAUCUAAGGAGGAUGCCGGCACUGCACGGUCUAGAGUAUCCAUCGAAACCAGAUUUCGAGUCUCAAGAGUUCUGAAAGCUGUUAUUUCCGAAUCAUAUAAUCUUCUCCGUGUAACAAUAGUGAUAAAUGGAGCUUUCAUAACUGUAAUUUCAGUCACUAACAGAAUCUACGUCAUGCAAGUAAAAAAUCUGUUCAAGCACCUGGUAUGACAAGUACGAUUCAGUUUCGAGGCAAGUGCUUGUGUCAAGUUCAAAGGAAGCUGGGCAACAAUAGGCAGGAUGAUAUGACCUUGCUGCUGUUGUUUUAAUUCAUUGUAAUAGAUUUGUGUUCAGAUCUUGCCUUUGUGUUUACUUUGAAUGAUUUUUGACCUGAGAACAGGGUUGGAGAAUAUUCUGUUCAUAUGUAAAAUAAUCACACCGGCUUUGUCACUGUCUUGAAGAGAAUUUUUUUUGCACAUUCGUUGUACUUAAUAGGAGAGUCCCAUUGUUUGUAAAUUAUGAACGAAGAGUUUCUCUGAGAUUCCCUCCUGGUCGCUGCUAGGUGCUAGCAUCUGUUUUUUAGCUUGAUUUUUAUAUAUAAAAGUUGGUUGAUGAUCGAU